AGGACAGAGCAGCGCUGGUUGGCGUGGAUACCACAGACCUAGACUCGCUCGCGUAUGUGGUGUACUCAUCAGGCACUACCGGUGAGCCUAAGGGCAUUGCCUGUCCACAUAGAGGAGCUGUGGUCUCCUACAAAUGGCGGUUCAAGAACAUCCCAUACGCGCAGGAGGGAGAGGUCGAAGGGUGUAAUGUGUUUUUUGUGUGGGAGAUGAUGCGACCGCUACUGCAAGGUCAGACGCUGUGUCCGAUUCCCGACAAUGUCAUCUACGACCCCGACAGCCUGUCGACGUACAUCCAGGAGAUGCAGAUCACACGCAUGUUGUUCACCCCGUCUCUCCUGGAAAGCAUGCUCGAGAGUAAGUGCCUGUCCGCAGAUACCAUCAAGAGCCGUAUGCACACGCUGAAGACCAUUGUGCUGUGUGGGGAGGUGGUCAAGGUUGCGUUGCAGGAGCGUAUACGCAGUCUUAUCCCGUGGGCACGCAUUUGGAACCUCUACAGUGUCAGUGAGUGUCACGAUGUCGCCGCCUUGGACCUGACUGACGGCAACUAUGGUUCCCGCAAAUACUGUCCAGUAGGCAAGCUGAUGGAAGGUGUCGAAGCCAUCAUCCUCGAAGAAGGUACCACCGUUGCCACACUCAACACGGCCACAGAGAAGGCCACAGGUGAGCAAGGCGAGUUAUACGUUGCUGGUCCCACACUCGCGCGUGGUUAUGUAGGUAAGGAGCAGUUGACUGCUGAGCGUUUCCCGUCUUUGGCGAAUGGCAAGCGUCUGUACAAGACGGGCGAUCGGGCCAGGGUGCUACCGAACAGAGAGCUGGAGAUCCUGGGGCGCAAUGAUAGCAUGGUCAAGAUCCGCGGCUACUCGGUGGAACUUCGUGCUAUUGAAGCAGCCAUCAUGGACAUGAGCCACCUUGUGUCCACGUGUGUGUGUACAGUCCAAGGAGAGGAGGGUGACGACAAGUUUGUGGUCGCGUACAUUGUGCUUAAUGCAAACAGACCGGAGGCUACCUGCAGGCGGGUGCGAUUAGAGCUUAAGACCAAGCUGCCGCACUUUAUGAUCCCUGCCUACAUGCUAGACAUGGUGGAGCUACCGACGAAUGAGGUCUCAGGCAAGCUCAACAAGAAAGCCCUACCCGUAGUGGAUGUGCAGUCGGGUGCGUUUGUCUACCCAGCCACUGCCGGGGGCAAGAGCCGCCGCGUAUCGGCUAACGAGAUGGUUGGAGUGACCACUCCUCGCACUGACCUUGAGCUAAGACUACUGGGGGUGUGGUGUGAGGUGAUGAAGAUGCACCAGAUUGAUGUGGUGUUUGAUUCGUUCUUUGACAUCGGUGGGCAUUCGCUGAUAGCGCCCACACUGUGCCGAUCCAUCAACGACAAGUGCAAGGCCGACUACGCUUUCCCACGGGGCACGGAGUGGACUGACAUGCAGGUGGUGGAUCUGUUUACACACUCGUCUAUCAGCAAGUUAGCUGAGCAUCUACAAACGUACAACAAUAUACCUGUCGUGGUACUAGACCCCACCGCGGCUGCAGACCCUACCAGCGAUCUGAUGCCACAGUUGAGUUUGGAGCGAGAGGUGGAUAUGCACGAUGCGUCACGCGACAUCAAUGACAUCUCAAUGCGUGCUUUCUGGCGGUCGACUCACUUCACACAGGUGCGUGCUCGUGCUGUGCUGAUGACCGGUGCCACUGGCUACCUGGGUGCGCAUUUGCUACACGAGCUUCUGCUCAACCCUGACAUCGACGUCGUGUACUGUAUCGUCCGUGCACCAGCCACACAAACCAACACCACCAGCGACAAGGAGACCGCCGCCGCAGUGCAGGAACGGGUACGCACAGGCAUGCAGGCCAAGGGUCUGUGGAAGGACGAGUAUGAGGCACGGGUGCAUGCGUUUGCGGGUGACUCGAGCUUGUUCCACCUGGGGCUGGAGGACGAUGACUUCGCUGUGUUGAGCACGGGGGUUGAUAUGGUCAUUCACUGUGCGGCGCUGGUGAAUCUGGUGUACCCGUACGAUGGCAUGCGGUCGGCCAAUGUGAUCGGCACACGCAACAUGAUUGAUUUUGCCCUGCAGGGUAAGGUGAAGCGAUUCGGCUACGUCUCCACCGACGGAGUGUUCCCGGAGGGACUCAAGGAGGUCAAAGAAACGGACCCCAUCGAUAAGUGUGCGGAUGAGUUGGUUGCCCAUGGCAACGGUUACUCCCAGAGCAAGUGGGUGGCAGAGCAGCUGGUGCAGCGCGCGUCAGACCGUGGUUUACCUACAGUCAUCUUCCGUCCCGGUAAUAUGGGUGGCGAUUCCGGGUCGCGAGGGGGCAACAAGUCCUGGAACACCUCUGAUACCAAUUUCCUCACACUCACGGGGUGCAUCCAAUUGGGUGCUGCGCCUGAUGCGGAUGCAGACACGGGCACAGGCUCUGAGUGGGUGCUGGAGAUGACGCCGGUGGAUAUAGCGGCGCGUGCGAUUGUGAAGCUGAGCAUGGACAAUACGUGCCUGGGCAAGGUGUACCACGUGACCAACUUCGCCAACUCACUGACGGCUAAGGAGUGCUUCAACAUCGUGCGUAACAGUGCAUCGUAUGGCUUGGAAUCAAAGCCGCUCGACCAGUGGAAGGCGCAGCUUACAGCGUCCGCUAACCCGACACUCGCCCGUCUGAAGAACGCUAUGAUACUCACAGACGAUAUCACGCAACUGGAGCGCUUGUCCACGUUCAACAACGACCUCUUUGUCGAGAAAUGCGCCGCGGCCGGCAUAGUGCUGCCAGAGAUCACCCAAACACUGCUACACGAGUACAUCGAAGCGUGGCAGCAGGCUGGCUAUAUAAAGCUACCUUCGUCGCCGGGUAAGCCUUUGCUCGGUAGGCGUAUCUGCGUCAUGGGUGCGUCGUCAGGCAUUGGAGCGGCGAUUGCAAAUGUGCUCAGCGAUGCUGGGGCGACGGUGGGACUGGGAGGCAGACGGAUCGACAGGUUAAAAGACCUGGCGAAGAGUAUCACAGCCCGCACAGGAAGUAAGGUGGUGUGCUACCAGGUGGAUGUCACCAAGAAAGACGAGGUGAAGGCGUACGUCACCUACUGUGAGGAGGCGAUGGGCGGUGGCGUGGAUGUGUAUGUGAACAACUCUGGUGUGAUGCACUAUACCAAGCUGUCGAACAUGCGCGAGGAUCAGUGGGAGAAGGAGGUAGACGUUAACUGCAAGGGUCUGCUGCACGCGAUCGGUGCGGUUCUCCCGGGAAUGCUGGAGAGAGGGCGGGGGCAUCUCAUUGCCACCUCCAGUGACGCCGGUAGAAAAGUGUUCCCCGGAUUGAGUGUGUACAGCGCGUCUAAGCACUUUGUCGAGGCCCUUUGCCAAGGACUGCGUCUGGAAACAGCAGGAACAGGUAUCAAGGUGACCACCAUACAGCCGGGAGACUGCAAGACGGAGCUGAGCACACUUACAACCGAUGAGGAAGCCAGAGACGAGUACGCACAGCCCAGUGAUGAUCGUGAUGUGUGGCUAGACCCGGAGGAUGUGGCUAACAGUGUGUUAUUCGCUGUGAGUGCGCCUCAGCAUGUAGGCAUUAACGAGAUCCUGGUGGAGCCCAGAGGCGCCCCUGCCUAAUAGUGAUCACAUGGUUGUUUGUGUGAGUUAAUUCUUCAGGCAACCGAUUCAGGGAUGGUAGUUUAAUCUCAUGUAGACGUGCAGUUGGCUGACCUUAUUAUGCGCUGCUGGCAUGUGUUGUUAAAACCAUCCAAAUACAGAUUUUUCCUUCGGUUGAUGAGCUGCAAAUCGGUGUAGUGCCCUAGACUCUAAACUAUUCAGAUCUCUAUACUGGAGUGUGUUGGGAGUCGGGGUACCCUUUUCCAAUAAUUAAUUGCAGCCCAAUUAAACUUUGUACAUUUUUUUCGCACGUACAGCGAGUUUAUUACUUCAAAUUUAUUUAUUUAUAUGUAUGUAUUUGUUCAAAGUUUUUGAAUAAAAAAAUAGAUAAUUGGCAUUAAUCUUGAAUAACUGAGUUACAUCCUUGUGAGAUAGUCCUUAGUUGCCAGAAAAUUGGUAUUCAAUAAAUUCUAAAAAUGCGCGUGUGCAUUGAGUGAUCUAGCAAUCAUCGAACACCUGGGCACACUCCUUCAUGCCCACAGACACCAUAUCCACAUGAUCACCCGGUACCACAUUAGUGGUCACCGUACCAGUAGUCACCUGGUCCCAUCCAUAGAAUUGCAGCAUGUCCUGUUGACCCGAGGUGCGCAGUGUGUGAUUCAUAAGCCGAUUGUCUUCGCAUUUGAUCAGACUUACAUCGGCCUUCACUGUACCCCGGCCUCUCAGAUCCUGGAACAAGGGUCCGCAGAUGGAGAGUCCAAACACUACUCGGUCGUACUCCUCUCGAGGCAUACCUAAGUCCAAGAGGAAUUUCAUGGUUGAUUCCAUCUGGGUGAACAUUUCCUCGGCGCUUGCCGGGUCAUCUUUGUUGUUCUCCAGGCGUUGUGAGAAAGUGGCAUCCAUCUCCGCCAACAGUUUAUCGACCCGUUCAGUGUCAUCACACAACAUGCGUCCCCAUACAGCAGUCAGAAGCAUGGGAGCCUUCUCAGCGUACGAUGUGGCGGUGCGGUAGCAGUGAGCCUUGCUAAACUUAGCCACGGGCAUAUCCAUGGGGACAAUUCUCUCGACGACCUCACCAUCGUCCUCGAGUAUUCGUGUCAUCUCGAAGGCGAUAAGGGCACCGAGCGAAUUCCCAGCGAAGGAGUACGGACCGUGCGCUUGUACUGCCCGCACAGACCCAACGUAUGCACUGGACACUGCGUGCAAGACGUCGUAGCCGUUGGCUUCGGCCUCUUUACAUACCGCCGCUACUGCUUGAGUGAGCUGGAUUCCGUAAUAUGGAUGUUUUUUGACGAACUGCCCAAUCUGUGCUCCGUAAUCUACCACACCACUACCCCCAUGGAUUAGAAAUACUGGGGUGGCUCCAGACCCAUCUCCAGCGCUAAACUUGAGAAUUGUCUCAGGAAGCUGGACAUAAUCGAUAUUAUUCGUAAAAAUUUCGUCCACACGAUUAGCGAUUUUUUCAGGUGUAUCAUUAUCGAGUAAAUCACUCAGUUCCAGUGCUUUACAGUAUUUUCGCAAUAUACUGAGGAGUUUUGCAAUUCUCAUCGAGUUACCGCCAAAUUCCGUAAAUACGCUAUGGCUGGCAAUGCAUGUCACUGGUAUGCCAAUCAAUUCACUCCAACUCUUCACAACCACAGUCUCAGAUUCUGUUAAAGCUCUGGUUGCGAUUGGGGUGUGGAUUGCGUCGUUUCCAUUGGGUUUGGGUAGCGCUCGGCGAUCCACCUUGCCAUUGUGAUUUAGAGGAAUGCUAGCGAUCGGCAUCAGGUGAGCUGGUACCAUAUAUGCAGGAAGUGUGGUUAUAAGAUGCGCGCGUACAUCCUUCACACUGACCGACGCUGGUGUCACAUAGGCAACAAGAACCUGUUCUCCAAGUAUGAUAUCGCCCCGCAAUAUCACACAACUUGUAGUAAUACCGGGACCAUCCUUGGGUUUUGUGUUCAUGAUGGCUGCUUCAAUUUCGCCUAAUUCGACACGGUAGCCCUGGAUUUUGACCAUGCUAUCGGUACGGCCGAUCAAGUCAACACCGCUUCCAUCAGGUAGCCAGCGAGCGAGGUCGCCAGUAGAAUACAAACGCCCUCGUCCUCUAGGACAUUCGAAGAAUUUAGCUUCGGUCAAAUCCCGUCUGUUAAGAUACCCUCUGGUAAUUUGAUCCCCACCUACGUAAAGCUGCCCAACAACGCCAACGGGCACAGACAUCAUGUUGGCAUCCAGAAUAUGCAUGCUAGUAUUCUCAAUUGGCAUUCCGAUACUCAUGCGUUUGCCUCUUUGAAGUGCGUCAGGUAGCCCUCCGGUGGGAAUUUCAUACCCAGAGAUGCAGCCAGUUCGCUCUGUACAACCGUAUAGAUGUUGAAGAUGCUUAGCUCUGCCGGCAAGUUUAGAAACAGCAUCCAAGCGAACAGCUUCUCCGGCCACUUGCACCACAUUGAGGCCUUCGAAGGCCGCCGGAUCGGCAUCGGCGAAUAGUUCGAGAAGCUUUGGAGUCAUAAACGUGCAAGUCACACCACGCUCAUAAAUCUCACGUUUAAACUCCUGGACAUCCAUCAUGGCUGCCCGAGGCACAAUGGUCGUAGAAGCUCCUCUCACCAAUGGUAGCCAGAUAUCAUUCAUGGAGCCGAUGAAGCAGAAGUUGGCCAUUUGAGCCCAAACAUCGUUUUCACCGAUUGGAUCCCACAAAGAGUUGGCCAUGAAAGUCAGGGCGUUAUGGUGCUCCACCCCGACACCUUUGGGCUUACCAGUAGUACCUGACGUGUAUAGCACACAGAAAAGUUUGUCUGGAGUGGAUUUUGGCAUGUUUAUGCGAGCCAGUUCCGGUUUAGUUUCGAGAGGUUCGAUUGCUACAUUUGGUAACAUGCAUUCCGAGCCGCAGAAAUCUACAGGCACCAGAGAUCGUGUGCUCGCAACUGUUAUCAACACAUCUGCUCCCGAAUCUUCCAGAAUGUAUGCGAUACGCUGUGCUGAGUAGGUAGGAUCGAUAGGCACGUAAGCGGCACCCGCUUUUAGAACAGCAAUCAGAGCGACGAACAAUGUGAGUGAUCUUGGUAUCAUGAUGGCUACUCGGCGCUCGUCGGCAAAUUCUGACCGCAUCAUUGGCAGGGCGCAUAGCAUCUUUGACAGUAUGUCAGCUUGAGAGUUGAGGUCUGCGUAUGUGAGGGAUUUUCGCUGCUCAUCGGACACUGCGACUUUAUGACCUACCCGACCGACUUGCUGUUCAAAUAGUUUGUGUAAUCCUUCUGCCAUAGGUACAUAUCGUUGCUUUCCUUUUGAGAAUUGGGCCAAAAUGCGAUCUUCUUCUGCCGAUGUGAUCUUGAUGGCAUCGAAAAGAGUUUCCACAGUUCCAUCCAAAGGUUGGUAACCCUCUACUUUACAAAUAGUGUUCAGUACAGUGAUCAUGCGAUCGUGGAUGAAAUUGAUUGUACUGGGCAGGAACAAUUCAUCGUUGUACGUCCAUGACAACGAAGUGUGGUUCUCAUCGGUGAAGGACAAUGCUAGAUCGAUUACAUCCUUAAAACUAUUUACAGCUUCAGAACGAUUGCUUGCGGAGACUAAAAUACGAUAAAAGUCGGCCUCCAAUUCGGAUGUUUCAAGCGCCGCAUCUAGUACCUUCUGAACCGCUUCGGUAUCACGGUAUUUACGGGUAUGUCUGUUAAUAAAAUCCAUUUCGGCCUCCACCUUUUGAACGAGAGACAAGGCCUCCACGGAAGGAGUUCCGACCAUCUUCGUGUCGAGCAACAACCGAAGUGGUACCGGUAUCAGUCCUGCUUCGGGUAGCACACCAAUAACGGCAUCUUUAGUGUUCGUAUGUUUGCAUAUAAGAAGACCGAAUGCGGCCGCAAUGAAAUUGGACGGAUUCAACCCCUGUUGCCCGCAAAGUGCAUGCAAUGAAUCUCUCAAGUUCUGAGGGAUGGGUAGAGUGACAGAGUGUCGCUCCGCAUGAGGUGCAGAUAGACGUGUGGGGCUACUAUCGAAAUCGAAAGGAAACUCGUUGACCGCGAUGGCAUCGGUAUCGAUGCCAGUCAUUUUGGUAUUCCAAUGUACGGUCCAGUCCACCGAUUGCAAGUCUACGACACUGCGGCUUGGACGGAAAUCAAAGAAUGAUUGCGAGAUGCGAACCGACAGCUCUUUCUCGGCACGGACCGGAAGUGGCGUUCGUUUCACUGUAGACGGAUCGACAUGCUCGUGAUUACCUACGACACCAUCAAAACUAUCAAACAGAUGGUCGAUGUGUGCGAUAGUAAUGGAAGCAUCAUCGUUAUUGGUUUUCGAUUUACGUGUCCCAUCAGAUUCACCUGAGUGCCUGAUGGCAUGGUGGCAAUGGAGAAGAGAGCUGAUGAGAGUCAUUGUGUUGUUGCGAUGAUUUUGUGAUGCCUUUUUGUACAACGCAGAUCGU